UGCGCGUCCCUGUGGUAGAAAAAAAAAAAAAAAAGAGAGAAGGAAAACUUCAUAGAAAUGGCGGAGGGUGCAUCGACACUUAAGGGCUUGCGAGCCCAGAUGGCUGCAGCAGCACAGGCACAAGCCGAGGAGCGGCGUAAUUUGGCUGGGAACAGUCCAGGACCUACAACCAACACACCAGCUAAACCUCAGGGGUGUAAGCCAGUCAUUGAUGGGGCUUCACUUAGAGUAGACGACCGACUGCGAGUGGCAAAAGAGAGAAGAGAAGAAGCAGAGAGGCAACAGGCUUUACGAGAGUCUCAGAUCAUGGAGCGGGAGCGGAAGGCCAAGCUAGCUGUGGAGCGGCAGAUGGAAGAGCGCCAAAGAAAGGUUGAGGAACAGCGAAAGAAGGAAGAACAGAAACGACUGGCUGUGGAGGAGAAAAGGAAGCAGAAGAUGGAAGAAGAAAAGGAGCACUAUGAGGCAGUGAUGAGGCGGACAUUAGAGCGUAGUCAGCGAGUGGAGCACAGGCAGAAAAGAUGGUCAUGGGGAGGACUGGCUGCAGACCAAGAUGGACAAGCAGGGGAUUCUGAUGCCAGCGUAUCAUCACCAGUAACUAUAGUUGUCUCCCCUGCCUCACCAGAAAAGCCACCAAGGAGUGGACAAGUUGAUAAGCGCUCCACUUCCACCACGAACCUGAAACAGCUACCCGAUUCUGGCAUCAGCAAACGCUUAUCCUCCUCCUCCGCCACCCUCAUGAAAUCACCUGACAAAAGUGUUAAACCAAGGAGUUCAUCUUGUAACCGGUUGCAAAGCAAUGGCAAUUCGGCUCAGGCCAGUAAGGAAGACGACAAAAAACUACAGGUGGAACAGACAGGCCGUUCUGUGAAGAAGAGAAGUUCCUCCCUCUCGCGAGUAAGUGUGGGCAAAGCGCAGACCCCUGCCAAGCCUGAUAAGGGGACAACGGAUGAUCAAGCUCGCAGGCCACCGGCCACUUCUGUGGAUGGAGGAGUCCUUAGUCGACUGCUCACCCCCACGCAGGCCUCACUAGCUAGGAGCAAGAGCGCCGCCAUCCUGUCCGCUGAAGGAACAGAUGCUCCAGAGUGUCACCUGUGUCCUCGUUCAGCCUCUGCCAGCCCCCUGCACCCACCACGUGGACCCGUGCGCAGCCGCAGCAUUGACCGUCAGAAGAGCGGCAUGACCACAUCUAUUUCAGCCGACGGAGCCCUCGACCCUUCCCUGAAAGACAAGCCGUUAACACCCCCUGGGGGUCAGCGUCCCCCCUCCCCAUCCAGUACUCUGGGACGCAACCGCUCACCAUCUCCAGCUCCGAAUCCAGCUCCGAAGAGGACCCCAUCCCCAGCAGCAGCCAAGCAAAAUCCCAAGCUGCGUCCAUCCUCACCAGGUGCAAUGAAACAACGUCCCCCAUCCCCCCAGCCAACAUCAGCUAAGCCCCCUCCCAUCCAGAAGCAAUCUCUCACUCCAACAGGACCCCCAACCUUACGAAAGAGAGACUCUAAAUCCAAGGAUCUAUGUCCUGUUCAAGCUGUGGCUUCACAAUCCUCUGAUACCAGCAAGACCAAAGAGAAAGAUGACCCGAAAGCCGCGACAGGUACUAACUCUGCUGCUGAGGCGGCCAAAAUCCUGGCAGAAAACCGUAGACUGAUGAGAGAGCAGAAGGAGCGAGAGGAGCAGCUUAGGAUACAAAGGGAGGAAGAGGAGAGGCUGAGAAAAGAAGAAGAGAAGCGUCUAGCUGAGGAGGCUCGACUAAAACGCUUGGAAGAGGAGAAAAUGCUUGCAGAACAGAGAAAAAUUAAAGAGGAGGAAGAGGCUCGCCUGGCAGAGGAGGAACGAGUGAGGCUGGCAGAAGAAGAAGCACAAAAGCAGGCUGAACUCCAGAAGGAACGGGAGGAGGCUGAAGCCAAGGCCCAGGAAGAGGCAGAAAAAGUCCGUCAGGAGAGAGACCGCCUUAUGCAGCAGAACCAGCAAGAACGUAUGGAGAGGAAAAAGAGAAUUGAAGAAAUAAUGAAAAGAACUAGAAAAGGAGACCAAAAUGACUUUAAGCGAGAUGAUGAUAAAUGUACACUGGAGGAUGAAGAUGAGGCUGUGGACCAGAUAGACUGUGAAACCAAAAUAACCCAUACAGAAAACAUUGCCAAGGAGGCUGACAAAGAUGACCUGUGCUCUGAUGAUCUUGUGAUGAGCCCAGAAAAUCCAUCAGACUGCAUAAAUGGAAAAUCAGAGACAGAAGACAAAGAGAAUAACAGCACAAGCACAGAUGAGACUCAGGCAGUCAGUCCAGUCCCUAAGGGCCGUCUUGUUGAGGGUUCAGAGUUCCUGAAUGAGCAGGACUCCACUAAAGUGGAGUUGGUCUCGAGCCUCAAUGGGAAAUCCAACCCAUGGAGCUUUGAGGAACUCAUUGACGUCAAUGUCCAUUCCAAGACUCGACCCCUCAUUGAGGCAGAGGUCUUGAUUAACUGUGACGGGAGCUCAGAUGGGACCAAGGUAGCCUUCGAGGAUAAGGGAACCCCCAUCAGCGGCCUGCAUUCCUCUAAUCAACCCAUAGAAGCCAUGUCAGAGAUUUGAUGCUGCAGUUAUUGCUGAGAAGCCUCAAAGUUGCACUCCCUAAGUCCCUGUCCAGCUGAGCUCCUUAAAAGAAUCUUCUAUCAGUUCCAAACAGCUUCUUCCUCCUCCUCCUGUUCCUGCGAGAGGAGCACAAGGUGAAGUGGAAAGACCACCCUAAGUGCUACAUUUGCAUCCCACACAAUGAGGAAACAAAUGUGUUAAAACUUGUAUAUGAGAAAAUGUUAUGCUUCAGGGAAAUAUUGUAUAUUCCUCCAGCAUUUUUGCUUCAGGCGUCUUUCCUCUUCCUCUUGUGUGAAGUUCUUCUCUGUCGUUUCCUCAAUGUUGUUUCCAAAUGUCAUUUUUUUUUUAAACAGUUUUGUAUCCGUCAGGGGUGCGUUGUUUUAAUUUAUUGAUUUUUCGCUUCUGUUGUUGUAAUUAUUCUAUGUUUUUUCUUGUAUGAGAAUAUUCCAGGACACAUGCACAUCAGGCCAUGUGAAUUAUUUUGUGAAUUAUUAGAAAAAAUGUUAUUACAUUAUGUUUUGUUAAUCUGUUCAUUUUACAUGUGCUUCAUCUAAAUUUACUUGACCAGUUACUUUUUGCAGCAUUCAGCAAUAUGGCCUUACCCCCUGAACCUCAACUUUUGAUUUUCAAGUGCAAAUAUUUAAUAAUAUUAAAAAUAAAAAAGGUUUGUACACAAGCUCGUGCACGCACAGUGUAGUUAUCUCCCAUCAUGCACUUAGAAUAGGAAGUCAAUUCCAAAUUCAUGCUUCUGUCCAUUUGAGAGAGAUUGGUUUGAAGUCCUAUUUUUUCCAUUUCAUUUUCUCAUCAUCUGUUGCAUUUCCUGCUGUGGCCAGUAGAGGGCGUCUUGGUCACAAAGGUGAAAUGUUUCAGUUUAUUUCAAAACUUUAGUGAAGUCAGAUGUUCUGUGAAGUUUCUGCAGCGUGUCAUUAUGGGCUCAUGGUGGAUGUAGAUUUUUAUUUUUUACAUAUGUGUAUAGAAUUAAUGUUUACUAACCUUAUUGUAAUUUACAUGACAGUUGAGUGGACUCUGCUUUUAGUUUCUAAUGUUAACUACAGUCUGCAUCUGUUCCAUUAAGCUACAGAAUAAUUGAACCGGUAACAUUCUUAUUUAACACGCAGGUGAAAUGACUCUCAUUCAGCGCUGCUUCUGAGUUUCUGUGCGCAUGCGUUACUGAGCUGAACUUGAGUGUUUGACUAGUCUGUUGAGAUGUUAAUUGUUCACUUUUGCAGAAACUA